AUGGCAAAAUGGGGCUUUGUCUUUAUAUUUUUGUAUGCAACUAUAAUUAGACUUGUUAUUCCAACCGAAUGUUGCGAUCAUGAUCCCUCAACAAGCCUUUUCAUCUUCGGUGAUUCAUUUUUUGAUUCUGGAAACAAUAACUAUAUAAACACUACUUCUAAGGCAAACUAUUUUCCAUAUGGUGAAACCUUCUUUAAGCACCCAACUGGCAGAUUUUCCGAUGGCCGACUUGUUCCUGAUUUUAUUGCCGAAUACGCGAAGUUGCCGUACAUUCCACCAUAUUUACAGCCGGGAAAUCAUGAAUAUACUUAUGGGGUGAACUUUGCUUCUGCUGGGGCUGGUGCUCUGCUCGAAACUCGCCAAGGAUUAGUGAUAGACCUUAAAACUCAGCUUGGUUAUUUCAAGAAUGUUAGCCGGUUGCUGAGUCAGAAACUUGGGGACAAGAAGGCCAAAGUUCUGCUCUCAAGAGCUGUUUACUCGUUUAGUGUUGGAAACAAUGAUUACUCAUUUCUCUUUGAGAAAAACUCUACUGUCCUUCCCUCUUACUCUGCUCAACAGUUGGUGGGGCUGGUAAUUGGCAACAUAACUAAAGUGAUUCAGGAAAUAUAUGAGAUCGGAGGAAGAAAAUUUGGGUUCCAAAGCUUGGAGCCUCUGGGCUGUGAGCCGUACGCGAGAGUAUUUGAAGGGACUAAACCCGGUGCCUGCUUCGACAAAAUCACCCCAUUUCUAAAAUUGCACAACAAAGAACUCUCCAUGCUCUUAAAAAAGCUGCAGUCCAAACUCGACGGAUUCAAAUACUCACUUGUGGAACUCCACUCACUUCUACAAGAAAUGAUAGAUCAACCUUCAAACUUUGGUUUUAAGGAAGGAAAGGUGGCAUGUUGUGGAAGUGGUCCGUACAGAGGAAUUUCAAACUGUGGGGGGAGAAGAAGAGUGAAAGAGUAUGAACUAUGCGAUAAUGUUAGCGAUUAUGUCUUCUUUGACUCUGGUCAUCCCACAGAAAAGGCCAACCAGCAAAUUGCCGAACUAACAUGGAGUGGAAAGCCUAGUGCCACAGGACCAUACAAUUUCAAAGCAUUAUUUGAUCUUAAGUAAAAUGUUGUUAUG